AUGGCAAUCCGUUCCCUGCGAUAUAUGGCCAGCGUCGGUGCCAACGUGCCGAAAACUGGCACGAGCCUCGGAGUGCAGCAGCAGCAGUUCAUUGCAUAUAAUAACAUUGCAAGAUGCAUCCCGGCACAGCUUGCUGGAGGACCGAGCAGCUAUUGGCCCGGACAGAGUGCACGGUUCUUCAGCGCGUUGCAGAGUCAGCCGUCCAUCGUCGAACCGAGCAGAAUCAUGGCAGAACGUAACAUCUGUGCCCCGAAAGUGCACACGAUGGUAAACGUUCGUACAUUAGCCACGCAGGAAAUCACCCGCAGCAUUCAACUGUUCACCGAUCGACCAAGAAACGUCGAAAAGGAUCAGCAAACUUUACGGCUGAAGGAACAAUGCGAUAAGCCUGUGGUGCUGAUUAUCUCUUGGCUAAAUGCGCGCCAGAAACACUUGGCCAAAUACGCCAAGCUAUACAUCGAUCAAGGAUUUGAUGUGUUCGCAACACACAUCACCCCCUGGCAAUUGUUGUGGCCCGUCAAGGGAACACAGCUGGUGGCGGGCGAGAUUGUAAAGUUUCUGAAGAACAACGACUUUAAGCACGGACUCGUCCUGCACGGGUUCUCCGUCGGUGGAUAUCUGUGGGGCGAGUGUCUGGUGCAUAUAGCGCGCGACCUGCCCAACUAUCAGGUGGUGCUCGAUCGUGUCAAUGGCCAGGUGUGGGAUAGUGCGGCUGACAUUACCGAAAUAUCGGUCGGUGUGCCGAGAGCUUUGUUCCCGAAAAAUCCAACCCUUCAGAGUGCACUGAAGAAGUAUAUGCUGUAUCACAUGAAAGCGUUCCACGAGCCAGCAACAUCGCACUACAUCCGUUCGAGCCAGAUGUUUCACACGAAUCUGUUGCGCUGCCCGGCUUUGUUUUUGAUGUCCAAAACCGACCCCGUCGGUACGGUGGAGGCAAAUACCCGCGUCAAGGACAGUUGGGAACAGAGCGGUGUGAAGACGACGGUCAAGUGUUGGGACCGUUCGCCACACGUUGGCCAUUUCUUGAAGCACCGAGAAGAAUACAUCGAUGUGCUGUUCAACCAUCUGCGGCAGCUGAAUCUGCCCAGUCUGAAGCAGGAUGCGCUUCUGCGGGCCAAACUUUAA